GUCGGCGGAUAUGAACUGCGACACGAAUUUUUUUUUUUCCUUCUAUUCGAAGCCUCACGACUGUUUGUUAUUUUGAUAAGGUUUUACAGAAGUGAUGUCGCCUCUCGCUUAAACCCUCGCGUCUUCUGCUGGCCUCGGCAUUUGCAGAACUUGUGUAUUAGUCGUGGAUGAUUCGCGGGAAAGUAAAAAAUUAAAAGUUGUUUUUUUUCUCAUAAGGACGCUUCAUAUCUGAGUAUUGAACUCGCACUGUGGACAAAGAUUUCACUUUGAAUUUGAAUAGAGACUAGAUCUAGAUUAGUUCUAUGGACUUUAUAUAAAUAUAGUGUUUCCUAGUGUAAUUUAUCUAUUUAAUUGGAUAACGCCGUCACUAUCAAGUGAUAAGAUAAUGUAAUGAUGUAAUCUGUGUUUUGUAGUUUUAGUCUGGUAAUGUUUUAGUGACUAUAAAAAUAUUCAAUUCAUUCCAUUGUCGCAUUAUUGUGAAAAUACACUUUCCGAUCUAGAUAUCUAGAUCUACAUUUCUAUAUAUAUAUUUGAUGACUACGAUUGACUUCUACAUUCUUGAUUGGAUUAUUUAGACCUGUUCGUGAGUGAAUUAACACAGCGAUUGUCUAGCAUCUGUGACUUUUAAUCAAAACAACCUUUUUUUUUUAUUAAAAGUUUGAUGAACGUAGGAUGUGCAAAUAAAAAAAUAAAAAAAGCUUUUAUGACGUCACACUCAACCACGUGACCCCCCUCGACAUGUCAAGUCUGCUAACAAGUGCAUCUUAAGGUGUGCGGAGGAGGAUUCUCUCCCCUUUCUCUUCAGCCGGUGAAUGUAGUACACGAGGUCAAGGUCAAUUGAAAGAAACAACAACAAAAAAAAAAAAGGGAAAAGGAGUUAAGGAAGACCACAAAGUUUUUCAGGACGCCCACAACGACGUCUUCUUCAGCCCGCACACGCCCGAAUGUCUCUGCGGGCCGUAUCAUGGUCUGCUUCGUGAAACUGGCGGUCCUCUCGCCGCCAAGAAAACUUCAUUUCUGCCAGCGGACUCACCGCCUGGGCUCGAAGAGCUCCGGCGCCCUCAAGCUCGUAGAGGCCAGGGGCGCUCUAGUGACGGGUCUCCUUCUUCUGCUGCUCCUCUGCUGCCAGCUUCAGCAGACGAUGGUGUCCGCGUUGUCCUGUGAACCAUGCGACGUCGCCACGUGCGUCAACGAUACGAACUGCCCAGGCGGGAUGGUUCUCGGGCCCUGCCGGUGCUGCUACGAGUGCGCGCGCCAGGUGAACCAAAGCUGUGGAGGCAUAUACGAUCUCUCAGGAACGUGCGACAAGAACCUGCAUUGCGUCAGGCCUUUAAGUGAGGAUGUUACGUCAGAGGAGAGUCUUGUUGGAAUAUGCAUGGAAAUACCAGAAAUGGGAUGCUCUGGUCAGAACUGCCCACCAGCCUACAUUGAACGCCUGUGUCCCCCAGACUCCUCCGUGGCAUUCAAGACCCGGAAGUCGGAGGACCCUGGGAGCGCCGACACCAGUCCUCGCCCUCCGGAAGAUGCCCAGGUCCGAGACGCUCAGAGCAAGGCGUCACAGCCUCACGGAGAGGCCCCUGAGAUGAACCACCUUGACCUUCCCUCACGGGAUUCCACGCUCUACUGUGUGUGCAAUAUGUCCGCCUGUCACAUUCCCUCGUGCGCGCGCGGCUUCACGUUACGUCUGCUGCAGAAUGCAACCGGCCUUCCCGGCACGUGCUGUGACGUGUACGAAUGUCAGAGGUCGAACGAUUGUCCCUCGACCAUGUGUCCACCAAUCGAAGAAGAGCCAUGCCCAGAGGAUAGUGUCCGACUGAUGCCCAUGUGGACAGAUGACCACUGCUGCGAGGUGCAGCAAGGGUGUUCUUGCCCCAUUGAAAACAAGUGUGAGGAUGUGGAGUGUCCUGUUGGAUACCACCUUGACGUCAUCUCUGAGGCCACUGGACUUCCUGGGUCCUGCUGUACCAAAUUUACUUGUAUUCCAGAAUUUUUCCUGACGUGUAAAUUCAAUGGCAAAGAAAUGAGAAACGGCGAGGUCUGGAAGGCUGACGAGUGCCGGACCUGCACGUGCAACAACGGGGUCAGCAAGUGCACGCGGAGGACCUGCCCAGGCCCGAGCUGUUCUUACAUGGUGUACAUCGAGGGGGAGUGCUGCCCUGUGUGUAGAGGCUGUGUGUCCGAGUCUGGUCAAGUGCACAACGAGUCAGACACUUGGAAGGAGAAUGACUGCACCACGUGCACAUGUCGUAACGGCAAGGCAGAGUGCCAGGCGGAGAUGUGUGCCGUAGAGUGUCUUAAGCCGAAACGUGUGCCUGGGCAGUGCUGUUCUGUUUGUGAAGAGACUUGCAACUUGUUCUGCCCGUUUGGUUUCAAGUUGGACAGCCAAGGGAACUCACUCUGCGUAUGUUCGGAAGACAAAUGCGCGGCGUUGAAGGAGCAGAAGUGUGACAAGCACUGCGAGUACGGCUACAAGACGACCAGGGACGGCUGUGUCAAGUGCAAGUGUAACAAGUGCCCGCAGCUGGAAUGCACCAAGCGAUGCACUCACGGCUACGCGCUGAAUGAUGAAGGCUGUCCAUUAUGCAAAUGUAAAGAAUCCUACACUCCGGGCUUGAUCAGCACUGAGCACCAGCGUGGAGAUGGCAGGCAGUGUAUGUCACAGCAGGGCUCAAGGUAUGUCAACGGUGAAUCAUGGAACGAUGGCUGCAGAAAGUGCUACUGCCACAAUGGCCUGGAGAUGUGUUCCUUGCUGGCCUGCCCUGCCCCGAUCUGUAACCAUCCCGUGUUUAGAGUUGGAGACUGCUGCCCCACGUGUCCAGGUCUGACAGUGCCAGAACUAGAAGGAGAAGGGGAGAAAUGCCAGUCGGCUGAAGGACAUCACUAUGUAGAGGGUGAAACCUGGCAGAUGGACUCCUGCACAUUGUGUGUGUGCCAUGGUGGCAACAUCCUCUGCCAAACAUCCUCCUGCCCCCCUGUGGUGUGCCAUCAUCCGGUCAAACCAGAGGGGCAGUGCUGUGCCAUAUGCAGAGGUGAUGACCUGAGUUCUCUCCCUGUGGCUGGACAUCACCACUGCCGCUCACCUACCUCUAUGAUGUAUAAACACGGCGAGACUUGGCAGUCCACACCUUGCCAGAGCUGUACAUGUCUGGAUGGGCAAAUCAUCUGCUACAAUCAGGUGUGCCCUGUGGUCAGUUGCAACAAGACAGUGCUAAAAAAAGGCCAGUGCUGUCCCACUUGUGUUGAAGCAGCAAAAGCACAAUUCUGUGUUUACAACAAUGUCACCUAUGACUCUGGAGAAAAAUGGCAGGGAGAUAACUGCACUCAAUGUGUAUGUGUACAUGGAAAGAAGGAGUGCUUUCCCAUGUCUUGCCCUAGUUUGGAUUGCACAUUUGGUGUUAUCAAAAUGUCCGACCAGUGUUGCCUUGAAUGUUAUGAUGGACCAAAACCUGAAGCUACUGUUCACAACAGUACCUAUGAACAGCAAGUGUACACACAUUCUGAUACUUCUGAGCAUGGUGAGGAGAAAUCUACUUUUAACGCUACAGCUUUUGGGUUUUCUAUGCUAGCCCUAGCUUUAGGACUAAUUAUUGUCAUUGGGGUUCUCGUAAGAAUUUUGAUUCUGAAAUCUAGACAGUAUCGCAGCCGACCCAAUGAUCAAAAUGUUGAGAAUCAAAGAAAUCUCUUGCAAAAUGAGAACAAAAUGUACUGGCCAGUAAAGUUCACCCCUGUCAAAGCUCCAGACAUUGUAAACAAAAAUAGAAGCAGCAACGACUACACUGAAAUGGACUUCAGCGAUGGCUCAAAAGGAAGCUACAGGCCUGCUGUGAAUUCAUGAUUCUGCAUGCCCACAGUAAAUGUAAGAAUAAACAGGCCCAUGAUUAUCUUGUGAAUUAUGAAAUACACCGGAUAAAGUUUUAAAUGUUCUCGUGUGAAAUGAGUUUCUGCUCCAAAUGCAAAUGAGCAACGAUCCGUUGUGAUGUCAAAGUGAAGUUUGAAAGAUACUGACUUAAUAGCCUUGAAUACAAUUGACCUAUUGGUUACAAUAGUAUAUAAUAAGGCUGAAGAGCUAUCUCAAAGACCUUAAGAACAUUCCUGUAGUAAUGCUAGUACAUUCAUACUGAAUCAGCUUCAUGCUUAGACUCAACUCAUCGCACUUACCGUCUGCAAUAAGAGAAUAGACUUUCUCCUGCUGCAAAUACUCCAAUGUUUGCAAUGUCAUUGUCCUAUGACCGAAGUAGUUAAUUUAUGUAGAGUCAAACCUCAUUAUAUGGAGUUGAACCAGAUUGCCUCAUUUUGUUUGAAAAAACCAAAGAAAAUUGAUUGUCAUAGUCCAGAGCUGAGCAGAGAAAUGUUCAAUAUGACAUAGAUUUCUACAUUUUCAUUUAGCUGUGUUGGAUAUAAUAAGGUUUGACUGUAUAUUGAAAGUUAGUUUGGUUGGAUGAAGAGGUUGGCAGUGUAUCACAAACAUAUCAACCCUGCUAGGAAUGAUUCUAUACAGUCACGCAGCUGACAUUAUAAGUUUAGUUCAACUUUUGUGUUCUAGUGUUUUAUUAGCCAUAGCCCACAGCAGUAUUUCUCAAAUUAGGGGGCUCCACAGGUCAAAGUUUUGAGAAACACUUAGACCUGUAUAUAUAGUUUAGUUUUGGUGUCAUGAGGUUAUAGAUAAACUAUUUUUCUCUCUCUAAAAUCAACAUAUUCCUUACAAAAAGUUUUCUACCAUCAAGCAUUCCAAACAACAAACCGAAACAAAAAAUUUGAUAUUAAAAAAUCAAAAUUCUAUUCCUACCUUUGUUGUUCACAGUCAGUCCUGCUCAAUCCACUUCCAUAUACUAACUAUAUCAUUGUCACAUUUUGAAUACACUUUAAUGAAUUCACACAAAUCCAACAUUGUUUUAGGCAGAAGUUACAUCCUUUAAAAAGCAUUUAAAAUAGUAGGGAAAAAAAAGACCAAUAUUUGUACAUUGCAUCAAUCAAUGUUCCCAAUCAUAUGCUCAAGGUGUAGAAUGAAUUUCACUAUUUUUUAAACUACAGUCUCCAAUAUUAUGAAAACAAAAUGACAAGACAUAUUGGACUUACAGCACAUUUGUAACAUUGACCUAACUUGGACUUCAGUUUGUUUUUCUAGUUAAAUAUAUGUAAAUGAAUGUUAAAUUUCACAUUAAUAUUUUUUUUACUGAUUAAAUCAAUUAAAAAAAAAUAUUUUUAAAAAUUCUAACGGAAUGAAUUUUUUUUUUUAAUAUUAAUUAUACUAUGUAAAUAUUUUUUUUUAAUUCACCAAAGUUCAUAUUUCCUGUCAUCCUAUUUUAAAUUAAAAUGCACUACAUAUUUGAUUUGUCUAUUAGCCAAAAAAAAAAAAAAAGCAAUUAUCUUAUGAUUAUUUUGAACUAUGAUCAACUUAAAUCAACAAAUGGUUAUCACUAUAUCCAAAUCAUCUUCUUAUAAUGUGCAAUACUGCACAUCUUUAAUCAGUUGAUAAAAUAACAAAAGUAAGGACUAAUGAAUUUUUAAAAACAGGUCUGGACAAUGUAGUACAUUUCAGCAGCGUAGAAUAAUUUUGUUUGAUUCUUGACAACAUGGGCUCUCGCUAUUUCACUUUCUGCUCCAUCGUAUAUUUCUCUUUCACUUCCUGGCUUUGUUCUUCCCAGCAUUCAAUUUCUCUUCUGAAACUUCAUUUCUUUUAUAUUUUACUACUAAUUCCUCGCAUUGUACAGAUUGCAUACACAUCUACGAGAAAGGUCUACUGUUAACUUUUGAUACUUUAAAUGUUUACAAAAAUUUCUGGGGAAAAGUCAAAAAGUCGUCAUUCACCAUCAUGAAACAAACAUUUUACAAAUUGUAUUUACUUCAUCAAAUUUUGUACACUUUAAAACCACAGUCGUUUUUUUUUUUAUGUACAUUUAAUUUUUGGCGCAGUUUAUAACUUUAACUAAAAUAUCACACACUGGUCAUUUGUAAAUAAAGAAGAAUCAAUAUUUGUGAUACUUUUUUUCAUUACACUUGCAUUAUUACUGCUACAGACUGUCUCAUGUGUUAAUAUUGAUAUCUUUUCUAUAUUCUUAAUAAUGUUUUGAUUUCAAAAAUGUUAAUUAUGUAUAUAUAUAUAUUCAUGCAUACCAUGUCUAAAAUUUAAUGAACAUGAGAGUUACAAAUGUUUGGUAUUUCCGAAGCCCAAUUUUAUUUUUUAUAGCAAAAAAAAUUUUUUUUUUGGUGUUAAAAUAUUUAUGAGUUGUCAAGCCUCAUUGCUUGACAAUUAGAGCCCAGGCUGUGAAGAUAAUUUGCAACAAGAAAGAAUAGAAACUUAUUAUUUUAAGAUUGAUUAGACAAAAUGUGUUUGUCAAAAAAAACAACUGAAUGUUAAAGUAUAGUAUGAAGUUGUCAAACAGAAAGCUACAACAUGCCAUAUGUCAUGGAUGUCCUUGUUGCCAAGUCACUAGAAAAUAUUCAAUGUCAACAGUUUAUUUUAUAUAAAUUGUUACUGCAUUGUUUUCCAAAACUUUUUAGCAUUGUGGCAUUAAUUGUGUUUGUUAUUAAAAAAAACAAAAUGGCUGCAUACAAAAACCAUUUUUUCUUUUUCAAAUUAUAACAAGUCAACACAUUUUUUGGUAAAGGUGGAACUGAAUAAAUUGAUUAUUAUUGUUGUACAGUUGUAAUGUUUGUAUAAGUUUUCCAAUUAAUUUAUUUGAUAUUAGACUAUGUCAUUAUUUGUUGUACUGUUUGUUUUAACUACAUAUCAUGUUCUUGAGGGUUCAGAAUAAUCUGUUUUUUUCCUGGGACAUUUUAGACAAAGUUUUCUGUUCUCUCCUGAGUUUAUGAUUCGAAUGUGCUAAUCUUUUUAUUUAAUUUUAUUUGGCGUUGGUGUUUAGAAUCUGUGCUAUGUAUAAAAAAAAACACAACAUUGAAAUCUUCAAUAAGUGCUAUAUAAAUAUUAUUUCCUAGCAAUGUUUUAUCUUAGGUUGUCGGUUGUGGGGCUAAAACUGCUUAGUUACCUAUCCAGGGGCUCAAGUUUGAAUCCAGACUAUGAGUUGUGUUUACUAAGCACCUAGAGGCAACAUGGAAUCUCCCUGCCCCACAUGUCCACUAAUGUGAUUGGACCCUAGAGAACGGACCAUUUUGAAAGAUGUGAAAAGCAAUUUUAAAAAUCAUAUUAGCUUAAGCCUAAUCAACAAAAGUUUCAGAGGGAAUAGUGGCAAAUCAAAUCAGUGUCUUCAAAACAAUGUAAUCUAGUUAUCACUGUUAGUUUUUUGUUUACAGGCUAUGUACAAGUAAUAGACAUUUUACAAUUCUUGUGUUUUUGAAGACUGUUUCUUUAAGAGCUACUAGAUUCUCAGGCUUAGUAAACAGAAGAGUCCAUUUCUUUGAGGUCCACCAGGUUAGGAGAAAGAGUUCUAAAUUUCUAUUCCCAUGUCAAGAAAGUUUCAGAUUUGAAAUGCGCAUUAUGUCUUUCAUGCUUGCAUUGCUUCAGCUUUCUCAAUGCUAUGUUUGUCUUUUUUCCUGUUUCAUAUAUUGGCUGAAGAGUUCUCCACAUUUGACCUCUCCCUGUGACAUCAUUUCUGUAUGACUUCUUCAAACAUGUGUAUAAUUUUCUUUUGUUCUCUCCACAAUGUCCACAUUAGACUACUUCUGUAGAAUAUUUAUGCUCCUAUUUCACUGUGACGUGUUUACAUACGUGUACAAAACUGAAUUUCAUAUCAUUUUUUUAUCCUUCUCCUAUGUAUUUUAAAUGUUUUUUCUCUUGCAGUGUAAUAUUCGAUGAUUUUCAUCACAAUAUUAUAUGACGCGACAAUUUCUAAUGUCUAAGUUUUAAUAUUUGUGGUAUCGUAAAAUUAUUUAAGUGCUGAGGUUUACAUUUUUUAUCCGUUUUUUUUUUUAUGAGAGCAAGUUGUUUGUACUCGUGAAGCAUUUGAGGGACCAUCAAUAUUUAUUACAUGUUUUGAAACAGGCACAUAUUGUAGUAUCCCAACAUCAAAGUUUCUGUUUGAGAUGUUUCUUUUUGAGAUGUUUCUUUUGUUCAGUCAAAGAAUGACAAGAAAAAAAUUAAUCCCUGCAACUAUAACUUUUUUAUUACUUGGAAUAAUUAAUUUUUUUUUAAAGAACUUCUGUAACUUAUAAGAUAUAAUAUACACCAAAAUUUUCUUUUAGCUUGAGCUGUAAUUCAAAUUUUUUUUUUGUUGCUUAGUAAAAAACUUAACCUGAUGUAGUAAAUUUGUUAUUAAAAUUGUAUUUAAAGAAUUUUCACCGCAUUUAUUCUACUGCUGGAUAAUAUUAUAUGUGUAAAUAAAUAUACCUAUAUUUUGCGUGUAGUAAUUAUGUCCAAAGUUGAUCACUUACAUAUUUUGAUACUAAAUGCAAUUGUACAAUUUUAUCACUAAAUUUAUAUUUUUUUACUUUUUGUUUUUUUACAUACUUAUUACCUUUUCUUUAAGUCCAGAGUCUAAACAUUUACAUACAUCUUUUGACCUUGAAUUACUUCGACACUCAAAGCCAACCUUACUAUCCUACAUUCAAGUAACCUAGCUUAGUCUUUCAGUUUACUUCACAAUUACUUCAGAUCUAUGUAGUCUUUCAGCUUGAGGAGAAAUAUUUACAUUUUUUUAAUGAAUUUUUUUUUUUGGUAAAAUUUUUAAAGUACAAAUAUCAAAGUUAGAAUGAUUAAUGAACUGUUCAAAAAAUAUACAUAAAUUUCUAGACUCCAAAGCAAUCAUUGAUCAAAUUUAUUUAUUUAUUUAUUUAUAUCUCAAUUGCAUUUAGUCAAUGUAUUACCAUUGACAGUCAGACACAUUUUUUUUUGUCUUCUGGUUAUUGUAAAGUAAAUAUUAUUUAUCUGAGCUGGUGACAUUUUGAUGACAUUUAGAUGGCAACAUUUUGAUGAUGUCAUUUACUUGAGCUGGUAACAUUUUGAUGAUGUCAUUUAGAUGGCAACAUUUUGAUGAUGUCAUUUAUUUGAGCUGGUAACAUUUUGAUGAUGUCAUUUACUUGAGCUGGUAACAUUUUGAUGAUGUCAUCUACUUGAGCUGGUAACAUUUUGAUGAUGUCAUUUGCUCCUUUUUUAUGACCAUGGAUGUUUGUGAUUCAUUUUGUGUCUUUUCAUAUGACAAGGUAACUCUACUACAGUUGUAUUGAUUUCAAUGAUGUGUCAUGUAUAGAAAGAAUCAUUUUGUUUUUACUGAACAAAAAAAAAAUCAAAUAAAUUCGAUUGAUGCCAUACAGCAAA